UUCUUGAGUUGAGUGUCACAAUGACAUUUACGUUAACGCUAUGAAUGUUGGUUUUACAUUUUUUUACUUUAAAGUUUAAUAUAUUUUUAUUUGUUUUUAUUCCGGGUUAUUUUUCUAUAUCAUAAGUAUUUUUAUAAAAUUUUAUAAUGUGUGAUCGAGUUAUUGUUUUAAUUGAUAUGGACUGCUUUUAUUGUCAAGUGGAAGAAACAUUAAACCCAGAUAUUAAGGGUAAACCUAUAGCGGUUGUACAAUAUAACGCGUGGAGAGGCGGAGGAAUAAUUGCAGUAAACUAUCCUGCACGAGCAAAAGGAGUAAAAAGAGGUAUGCGAGGAGAUGAGGCACAAGCUCUAUGCCCAGAUAUAGCAUUACCUCGUGUACCGAAUAAAAAUCAAAAGGCUGAUACAACCAGAUAUAGAGAAGCUGGUAAACAAGUAGCUGAUGUUUUACAAACAUUCACACCUCUUCUGGAAAGAGCCAGUGUUGAUGAAGCAUAUUUAGACAUAACAGAUAAUAUUAAGAAAUGGCUUUCAAAUGAAAAAGGAAAAGUCACAGAGAAACAUUUAUUCAAUACAUUUGCUGUGGGCUAUGAAACUAUACAGGAUUUUCUGGAAAAUAUCUAUACAGAAGAUGAAACAUUAACUAAUGAACAAUCUUUGAAACUGGCUAUUGGUGCUUCGAUUGCUAAUGAUAUUAGAUUAGCAGUUCUACAAAAAACAGGAUAUGAAUGCAGUGCAGGAAUAGCCCACAAUAAGACUUUAGCAAAAUUAGUUUGUGGUUUAAAUAAGCCAAACAAACAAACAAUUUUACCCCAUGAUAAUAUUCAGGAUUUCUAUAAAACAUUGCCUAUUACAAAGAUAAGAAGUUUAGGAGGAAAGUUUGGCGAACAUGUCUGCAGUAGCCUCAAUAUUCAAUAUAUGUCUGAAUUAUUUGCGUAUUCUGAAAAACAAUUGCAAAACAGAUUUUCUGAUAAAUACGGUUCUUGGCUAUACAAUAUUGCACGAGGUUUUGAUAAUGAGCCUGUGGUACAGAGAUUAACAGCAAAAAGUAUAGGUUGCAGUAAAAAUUUUCCUGGAAGAAAUUCUAUUACAACAGUGACUGCAUUAAGACAUUGGUUACAUGAAUUAGCAAAUGAAGUAUCUGAAAGGUUAGAAAAAGAUGAAACUGAGAACUUGCGAAGAGCUCAGCAGUUAAUUAUAAAUUUUACCCUAGAAAUAAAUAAACGAGAUACUAGCAAUUCAAGAACAACUCGAUUAACAUCAUAUGACUCAGAUCACAUUGCGACACAGAGCAUAGAUGUUAUAUGUAAUUAUUCCAAUCUUUUGGAUAAAAAUUCUGAAAAAUUUUGCUACCAAUAAAACAUUUGGGUUUGCAUGCUGGCAAAUUUGUAACGAA